AUGAUGUGGGUUUAUGAUUUCCUCGAGGAUGUCAUUAAGAAUCCAAAAAAGUACAAUGUCCAUCCCGACAGUGUACCAGAGCUGCGAAAAAUACUACGAGCCUUGCUACGAUUGAGUCUUGGAAGAACCAAAAGCAAACAGGACGACGGGAAAGAUUUUCGCAACAAAAGCCUGGAGCCAGAUCAGCAUAUAUAUCGCGCGAGGAACGACAAAGCGCAAAAGAAAGAGGACUCUAAAUUCAAUCUCAUGCGACAUACUUAUAAUGGGGUUGGGUACUGGUGCCCUUAUGAUCUCCUGGGACUAUUCCUAGCGUCCAUGGGACCCGCACCGUUUGGUGCCACCAAGAGAUCCUUCUACUUGCCUCUGACAGCCGUCUAUGGCCGAUGGUGCAGUGCUAUUGCAGGGCCUCCACGGGGGGUUGGAGAGCAUCCGUGCAUUUUCCAAUGUACCUGGGCUCGAAGGAUCAACCAACAGGAUCGGUUCUUUUUAGGAGCAUCAUUGGGAGGCUAUAAUUUUAAUCCCGAACAGACUGGCACCUGGGAGAAAGAGAUGAAAAUGGGGCGAUUCAACCUCGUGAAGAAAAAUCUGAUGAUUGACUGGGGAUUUGAAACUUCACCGUCACGAGAGCAGAAUGGGCUUGUAGGCACUCGAUUUGGGAACUGCGGAGAGACAUAUCCUUUCAUCGCGAUCAAAAAGAAUAUUUCACUGCAAGAUACUUGUUAUGGACUUGCCCUCAGCGUAAGCUACAUCAAUAAGCCGGAAUAUGACGAUAAACAAAGGGGCGAUAUAUGGAAAAACCUAUGGAAUCCUUGCCCAAAUUGCACCCAUCUUGUGACUGUUCUAGCGUGGAACUUUGCCAAUUUUCAGAAGGAUUUGGGAAAGGCCGGGGCUCCCAGAUGA